AUUACACUUCUGCGAGUCCUUGCCGCUGUGUAGCUUUCCUCGUCAAUUCCAGUUGUUACGUCCUUUUUCUUGAUGGGUCUAUCAUUGAUAUGCUCCCUCUUCCCUCAAACACUGAACACAGGAUAAAAAUAGGUGAAGCAAAAUCCAGUCCACCACAAGACACAAUGAUACCGCUGAGAAGAUUUGCCGCCACAGCAUGCUAUACAUCCAAUUAUGGAUCUUUCUUAUCUGUAUUGGCUGAUGAUAAGUCUAAAGAACCCACCUUUACCAUCGAAGGAAAGAUCUAUUGCGAUCCUUGCCGCGUCGAAUUUGAGACAAGACUCAGCCACCCCUUGUCAGACAUAAAGGUGACAUUGGAAUGCAAGAAGAUUGGUGACGAGAAGAACAUAACAUAUACGGCGGAGACCCAAACAGACAAAAAUGGAUUCUACACGCUGGCGGUGAUGGGAGACCACCAGGAGGAGAUCUGCACGGUGCAGACGGAGAGAAGCAAUCAUCCGAAGUGCAAGGAGCCAAUGAAGAGGAUGGACGCAGAUAGAGUGGUGCUCACCAAGAAUGAUGGCGUCAGCUCCUCAAGGCGCUUUGUGAACCCUCUUGGUUUCAUGACUCGCAACAUUGAUGCUAGGUGUGUUAGCGUUGCCAAAGAGUUGGGUAUGUGGGUAGGCGCGGAAGACCAACACGAUGAAGCUUAGACUAUAUAUUAUG